UUGGUCGUCGAAGGGCGCUCCUGCAACAUGUUGAGAUUUCGCUAGGUGCGGCGGUACGUCGCCGAUGGUGCCCUUCGUUAUGGUAUUAUUAUUUGCAUCAAAAGAACCGCACAACCACACGCUUGAUCUGUGCUAGAGUGCCAGGAUACCUGCUAGGAACCGAUAAUGAGCAAUCGACGUUUUCGUUUUGACAGCUCCCCGCUGUAAUGGCCGCAAUGUAUGCAGUUAUGAAUAGCGCAAGGCAUUUUCAUGUCGCUCUGUUACCGCUAUGACGACGCCCACGGAAGAAUGGAACACUGAUUUCCUCCCACAGUCUAUUACUGACUGUCUCAGUCCUCACGAGUUUAACUUAAACCUGCUGAACUUCGAUAAAGUUGAUGCGUCAAAUUGUCCGUACGUGCUUACCAGCCCACGAUCGCUGGAAGCAUGCGCGAACCAAGGCGUCAAGCCAGUCGAGUUGCUUCCAAAAGCUUUCGAAGAAUUUCAUGAAGAGCUUCCUCCAAACACACCUUUUGAAGAGGUUAAGCGGCUCUACAAGCAGUUUGAGCACACACGUACAAGAAAGCUCGAGAAAUGUCGAAAAGAACGCGAAUACAUAAUCCGCGUCGAAAAAGUGCGGCAUCGUUCGAAGUCGCUUUCACCAAAGGGACGGCGGACACAGAUCCUGGAAGAGCCGCAGUUGGAGGUGGUUCUGUCAUCAGAUGAAGAUCAGUGUGCCAGCGUAACCAUGGAGGAUUCUGUGACGCCAACACCGCAGGAGGCAUCCUCCAUCGGGUUGGACUCUCAAGACGCCACGGACCUCUCGUCCACCACCACGCGGGGCGGCGGAGGAGACUCCAGCGAGGACAGCAGCCUGGCCCCGGCUCCGGACAAGCCUUCCAGCAAGUCCACUCCGACGUCGCCCUUCCACAGACCCACGCAGUUGAUGCACAUUACUUCGCCGUUCUUGAAAGCCAAACUGGUUGAUAAUCCAAAGAUAAAGACUAAGCUGCCGGCUAAGGAUAUCAAGUUGCUGGAGCUCAUGUUGAAACGGAGAGAAGAGGAGCUAAAGGACGAGGAUCAACGUUGCCGCGCGCACUGUGCUUGGGAGCAGGAGCGAGAAUUUCUGACUCAGAGGAAAGUGGUCACCACGCAGCUAAGGCGUUCAAGUUCGGCAAAGCGCGGCAAUCCGCACUGGAGGCAUUCUCAGCCACCCACGCCAAGUAGCAGCGAGAUAGCUGACAGUGAAUCAUCGGUAGCUUCUAAGACGCCGGAAGAAAAAGUGUCUGCCCACGUGAUGUCGCACUUGGCAGACAUGCAACACUGCCUCGAGCAGGCCUCCGAAAGGCAGGCAGAGCAUGCUAAGAGGCUUUUCCAGCAGCAACGUGAAGAGGAGGAAGCCCAGAGGCAGAGGCAGAUGGAGCGUGAGGAGGCGUAUAGGAGGCACCUGGAGCUGCGCAUCCAACAGAAGGAAGCCAAGUUUGCAGAGCGGAGAAAGCAGAUGUCGCGGGAGAAGGAGAGCACCCUGCGGAAAAGCGCUGAGGAACUAGAAGAAAAAAUGGAGCAAGUGCGAUUGAAUCAGCGCGAGAUGGAUCACGCACUAGAUCUGUGGCGGCAACGUGUGGCUGACUAUCAGGAAGCGACAAACUUGCGCGCGCAGCAACGAGCCCAAGAAGCAAUGCUCUACCGAAGGCGCAGGGCACAGCAGGAGAGGAUGUUGAGGGAAGCUGAGCACCAAAAGAAUUUGCAGAGGGUCGAAGGGGAGGAAAGCCGGAGGUUACGAUCGAUGAUGGAUCGACUGAAAGAAAAGGAAGAAAAAAGUCGCCUUCUUGCACAUGAAAAGCAGUUGUCCAUUGAGCAGUCUCGUGCUUUGGCAAGGGCUUCAGCAGAUCUUCGUGAACACCUGCGCCAUCGCGUGGAGCAAGACUUGUACCUGAGGAGGCCUCGCUCUAACAUGUCUACUCCCUCCUCCUCAAGUAUUUGCUCCUGCUUGAUGAAGAGGGCAAAAUCCAAUGAGGAGAUAUUGAAGUGAAGCUGUACUUAAUGCCACAGAUUGAUUUUGAAUUGUUUCAUAACUAUGGAACAUAACUGAAUGAUGCCUCUACACAACUGCUCGGUACAACUACCAAGGCUUCCCAUGGCACUGGUGCUGCAGCACGUGCAGAAUUCAUUGUGAAGUACAGUUCUGUCCAGGAUCAACCAACAGCAACCAACACUGUGCAUGCCUUUGGACAAGCACAUUCGUCUUGAUGAUCUUAGUGGAUGGGCCUUAUGGGCUUGCUUUUAUUGUAAUUUAUGCCUGUUCACCAAAAUUACAUUUUCUUUUGCCCUGCAUUCAAGUGAUAGGAGGUUAUUGAGGUGGAAUCCAGUUGGUGCAUUCUUUAAUGCGGAUCACACCAGGAAGCAAACCAUCAACCAAAUACACAUGCAACACGUAUAUCGUAUCAUAAAUUACAAGAAGUCUGUACAAGAGCAGUGCAUGUUGAAAAGUAUGUCUUGAACUAAAGCAUACACUGAACAUUGUUCCUUGUAGGCAUGUUCGGGACUGGAUAGGUUGUCAUAUUAAUAUAUCUGAUCUAACAAUUGGUGUUGCAGUUGAGACAUGUAUUCUAUUCUAAUAACCUCGCAUGGAAGCACUCUAACGUACAACGCUAGACGUAGUGCCGGGGUGACAGAUCACGCAAGAGUUGAAAGCAGUGGCGUAGCCAGAGAGGGGGCGUUCACCCCCCCCCCCCCCCCACACACACACACACGCACACAAAAAUCAUACUGCUGGUAGUGCAUUUGGGAGAGGGAAACAAGGGAGAAAUCUUCCUCCCCCAUGUACAGUCCCCAUAGAACCUCUCCCGAAAUACUUUUCUGGCUACGCCCCACUGGUUGAAAGCAAAUUUGGAAAAUGUAAAGAGGUAUGGAAUUAGCUUUAUGCAAAUAUUCAAACACAGGUCUGGUCAUCAGGCAACUAAGUAACAUUAAAACUGCGCCCAGAAAGCCUUACUCUUUUCAUAGAGUUUGAUGGCAAAACAUUUCACUCCGUUCACCUAUCUGUGGAAUAAAUCAUUGCAGAAAGUACUCAUAAAUAGAGCCUGAAGUUUUAGGGUUUAACCCGUUUCUUCCCCGAAUUGAAGGCUGCCUCUUUCGGGUGAAACCCUGAUUUUUUACUCAGCAAAUUGUCCGCGCUGAAACAUCUGUAUGCAUGCACACUAGCUUGUUUGGCAGCAAACGCAAUUGCAUCACCGUUUGUACCAAACCAGUGCAGUUUGUUUGAGUAAUAGAGCCUGACUUCUCACCAGAUUUAGCAUACCGGAUGUUUUUCCACCCGAAUUCGCAUGAAUUUAGGGUACAUGUUGAUUUCCCCAAUUUUUACCCCCCGAAUUGGGAAAAAAAUAUUUCCCGAAAACUUCAGGCUCUACAUAAGAGAGCACGAUUCACUUCCCCAAUUGUAAAAAGCUAUUAUUAGUUGGCAGUUAAGAUCCAGCGCAUGUGAUGUACUGUUCAAUUUAACGUUCUCCAUUGCACGCCAUAUGUGGACGUUUCCGGCAUUUAGGUGCCAGAGUAGUAUGGUACUGCAAAAGGUUUUUAAACUGAUCUAAUGCGGACUGACAUCGUUGAUUGCGAGCAACAUGUCCUCGUGCUCAAAAAUUGCUUUGAAGCUGCCUCUUCCACAUGACCUCUUCAAGUAGGGUUUCCGCCUGAACUGCCAUAAAAAAAUUACUAGGCCAGAAUAGCUUGUGUGAGAGAAGUUACAAUAAGCAAGUGAAGCCUCAGAGAAAAGAAAAUGUGUCGUAGAAUAGCGGCAAAGAAAAUUAAUACCAAAGGAAUUUUUACAUUAAAAUUGAGUUAAAAUCAAGCUGAGCAGAAAUUCAUUGUCAAUCAGAUGGUGUUUUCCUCUGUGACAGCUGUUCUUCCUGGGUCUAUAGUUGAGUCAGCACCGACCAGUGAGUUUGGGCCACAUCUUAGACAGGGUCCUGUUUUCUUUGUCACCGUUUGUUUUUCGGGUUUCAACAACUGCCACCACAUUAUUGGAGAGUGAACCUGCCUGUCAAAAAAAUGCUGGUUUCAAAUGUUGCAAGUCACUGUGCUUGCACACGUUCCUGCGCUUCAUGUUUGCUCUUUGGUACCAUCACCAGUGCCUCUGCCAAUUUGAUGUCCCCCGUAUAUAUCCAAAAUCCAACAUAUCGCUUCUGAUUUGCUGGGCUAAAGCUGAUGACAUGUCAACCCUAGCUAUGAGGUCUGCACUUUACAUUAUAAGAUGCCAGCAACAGUGAUAUGAUGGACACGCAUGCACAUAAAGUGCACUCCCUUGGGGUAUAAAUCAGUAUUUGAGUUGGUUUCUUUAUCAUCAUACGUAGGAAACUUCCAAGUGACUGAAAUACACAAAUUAAUGAUGCGAUAGAUAAUGUGUAGGGUUCUUUGUUUUUGGGUUAAACCCGAUUUUUCACGAUAUCUGCACCUCGAACCAAUUUUCCGAAAUUUGGGCAUAACCCGAUUUUUCCCCGAAUUCCGCGAGGUCUUUCAACCUUCACAGUGAGCCAUGAAAGGGAUGAAUCACAUUAUGAACCUUAAUUCUUAAGCACCAAAGAAAACAUCUGAAGCUCCCCCUGUCAGAAGUCACCUCCUAGGUAGCACCAAAGGCCUGCUUUUUUGAACACCUGUUGCAAUUGCAUGGUUCAUCCCUGCAAUCAUCUUGGCAACUUGACUCUCACGAUUUUAGUUUCACACGGAAACUCCCGACAGCAUAAAACACGUGACAGAACACGCCCCGAUUCUUCCCCGAAUUUCCUUUAGAAAGAAUCACCCGAUUUCUACCCCACCCCCGAAUUUCAAAAAUAGUAAAACCCGAAAACGAAGAACCCUAAUAAUGUGGCACCAGGGAAAUAUGAUGAGAUAAGGGUUCCGGGCCUGCAAAAACCCUUCAGCUUCUUUCAUGUUGUUCGGAUCACUGCACUUUCCUGUAAGAUCACUGCUGGAUGCCCUGUUGGCUAUGGGGCUCUAUAAAAAAGUGUGGUAGCCUGCACACUUCUUUAAUCCGAGAGAACGAUGUGAAUGUCCAGCGUGGCUCUGGUUUGAGACGGCUACACAGUUUGUGAUCUGCACUACUGUUUAUGGGCUUCCUGGGCAUACCCAGUAACGAGCAGUUAGCCUUCUUCCAUUUUUCUAAAGACUGUCGCUGCUCAUUUUAGCUUCACAUUUACGGUAGUUAGUGUGGCGAUGAAUUCGUUGCACAGUGUUACGAUGAAAGGUGCUUUAUCAAAUAAUUUGGCAGUUGGCUUCGGUGAGCUUGCUUUUCAUUUGAAGUGCCGGUGUGGACAGCAAGCAAUGCGGUCUUUGCAUUUGUGCUGUGCAGUAGAGUUCCUUCGUGGUUUUGUUCCGUCCGAUGUCUGAUGCAAUUUACUGAGCUCAUGUCUGCUUUCUGUGCAUAUGAGUGUGUACUCUCUAUCUGUGUCACUUCUUUCUCUGUGUCUUGUUUGCACACUGCACGCUGAGCCACUAAGCUUGGUUUCUUUCGAGCAAUACAUGUUGAGAAUGAAAGGGGAAUGGAGAAGGGAUUGUAUCAUCCAAAGCACGUCUGGUCUCAAGUGUGUUGUACACAGUAACGCUGAGUGGUUGGGGAAGCAUAAACUUUCACACUUACUUCGGUAAACAUGAGCAUGCAAAGAUGGUCUCACGUGGGUAAAGUUCCGUUGCAGUAACGAUGUGAUGCACAUUUUACAAAGGGAUCAUGGGCAAGGUUUGUAUUUCCCAUAUCCUCUGGUUUUUAAAACAACCAGACUUAAAAUGCAUUUAUGCCAUCAAGGCGCCUACAUUAAUACUCUAGAAUAUCCUUCCAAGUUUGUGUAGCACUUAUAUCGGGGAAGCCGUGAUUUUGAAAAAGUGUGAAAGUGUGUAACAGGGUAAUGUGGCCGAUAGGCACAUGAAGUGUGCAAAAUUUGAAAGUGUAAAUACCAUUUCAGUGCACUUAGGACAUACAUUUAAGAAGGGCUUUCUGAAUUUGCAGUGCACACUUUGUAUUGACCAUUUCUUGUAUGCUUUGCUUAGUGGUCGUCAGUGCCUACCAUUGCUGCUCAUACUAGAUUUGUAAAUUUUUUUAUGUGCUUCAAUGCAGGUUUUAGAGUCAUGCUUGCUUGUACAUGCUCAUUCCAGUUUCUGUGUGUGUUUUGUAGAUUUAUUUCCUGCUUUGCAUUUGCAUGGUGCUCGAGCAGAGGGUAAGGUCAGGUGGAACAUGGGGUGAGCACUGAUACAGAUAUGGCUGCUUCGAGCUUAGUGUGUGUAUCCCUUGCCCGAUAAUCUGAGAUUAGCCAUUUUUGAGCCAGGCACAACAGUGAAGUGCAAAUAUUGAUCUGCAUUUAUAUUUCCUAGCGUGAGCAGUCCUUAGAUAGAACGUGUCUCAUUGCAUUAUACAUUAACAAUUUACUCUGCGACAUCAUCCUUACACAUUAAUGAGAGCACAUUAAGUUAGGUAAAUAACCCACUAGGACAUACUCAUUUAAGAAUACCUAGCAAGUUGUAUAUUACAACUAGUGACUUGCCUGGGAUCGGCUGCUCCCAAGCAUUUGAUAGCGGUUUAUCUUGUCAGUAUGACAGCCUUCCCAGCUUUGCAAUCCUCCGAGUGGGUGGGCAUGCCCGCAACAUAUGUUGGUGAACUGAGUCAACCGCAAAAGACUAUGUUGUGGAAAUGACUUUCUAGACAUAAUUCUGUAACAAAAAUAACUUGCUCCGCCACCCUGUACAGAAAAAGUUAUGUUUCAAAGUACUUCUGUUCAAAAUGGUAAUGUGUAUUGCAAUCACGAUGCACAAAAUAGAGCUCUUUUCUCCUUGA